AUGGCCAUAGGAUUGUUCUCAGUUUGACCUGUACUUCCUUCAGGAUCCAUCAAAAUUAAUUUUUCUUUCGGAUUUUUAUUUUUGAAUGAAAUAAUGAAAGGAUUUUCUAGCCUUGGAUGCAAGGAUCUUCUACCAUGCAUAAAAAUCAAUAAAUUCGAGGGAAAAAGUUAAUAACUGUUACCCUCCUUCAGGAUGCUCCAGUCCUUGCCGUGCUUCUUUUCGUUCCCUUUUUCUAAUCGGCAAAAAGAAAAUAAAACAAGAGUAAAGUUUUUUUUUUUUUUUUUUUUGUGUACUCUAAGAGAAAAACAGAAAAAUACUAAAUAUUAUUCAAUACAUCCCCGGCAACGGCGCCAAAAUUUGACGUGACUCAGUCGUUGUAUGUUAAAUCACGCAAAUAUAAAAUUUAUAAAACUAGAAAAUACGAAUUUUCGGAUAUUUAGAAGUAUUUCUAAAUAAAUAUAUCAAUUAUAAUUCAAUAAAAAUUCCAAAAAUAGCGGUAAUUUUCCAGGUCGAUCACAGGGAUGUAAUAUAAUAUCUGGUAAUUAUUCAGAAUUUUUCUCAAUGAGUACGAUUUUCUUACGAAUUUUAUACUAGGAAAUAAAAAGGAAAUAUAUUUAAAAUUCACAAAAAAAAGGAAAUAAGGGUGCGGACGUCAGGAUGACGUCAGCGCCCGGCGAACGCGAAUCAGGCGGAAACAGAGUUCCGCCCGGCGAUUCUUACGUAGGCGAUUACAGACGACUCAAUUAAUCAAAUUAAGAUCUGUAAAAGCCGGAAGAAUCGUAAUUGAACGAAGUAUAGUUUGGUAAAUUAAAAUCAACAAAGUAUCACUAAAUGAAGCGUAAAUUAAAUUGAAAGCAGGAAAACAGAGUUCCGGCGUCGCGACGGCGAUGCGUCGGCGAUGCACCGGAAUUCUGAGCGUUCGGCAGGAUCGUCGUGCAGUGUCCACGGCCUCGAAGGCUCUCCUUGGACAAAGACGACGUGGGCAAUCUCUAGAUCUUCUCGCAAAGUCUAGAGAUCAAUGAAGUGGGUCGUCGAAUCGUCUCCGGCGGCUGUCACCCGGCGGAGCGGAAAAAUGGCGACUUUGCGGCUCUCCGGCGGCUGUCACCCGACGGAGAGGAGCUGGAUGGAGGUGAGGCGCGUGUUAGGGAGCUUCAUCCUCAGGUCCGCGCAGCAAGAGGAGGCUCUUCAUCGCAUCUGGUACGCUCUCAGGAGGUGGCGACUGGUCUCCCGGCGGAUCGUCCUCUUCCCGACGACGGCUUGUUCGUCGAUCAAUCGGAGAUGA